GUUGUAAGGUAGAGGGCUAGAGUCUAAGGUCUAGACUAGACUAGAGUACAUCUAGGCACCUGAAGACAGAGUAGGGGACCCUUGGCGUGCAUAACACAUUUAUUUGGCAAUGUCGUUGUGCUGGUACAGGGAGAGAGUAGAGAGGCGUUGUGACUGUGAGGAUGUAUGUACGAGUUAAAACAGACCACGAACUACCAUCUGUUUGAAUUCAAUUUCGGCGGAACGAAAACCAAAACUCACAAAUCUCGGGUUUAACAGUAAAUUCUACUGAAUCGUUGGCUGCUUGGGACGCCCAGAACAACAGAAUACUUAUUAUAUAAAUUUAUCACUGCGAGGAAAAGUACACUUCCCGGGUCACCACACAUCAUCAAAGACGUGGGUCGUGGUUUGACCAAACUGUGCUUGCCCCAUAACCAUAAUAAAUAACAUUGUUCGGCACAAUACACUGCCAGGAUCACCCAAAAUUAUUCAACAUAGCUUCUUCGUCACGUCAAAUUGUUACUCAGACUCAGAUCAACCCGCAUAAGUAUUCGGUUGAUCCCCACAUAGUUACCAAGAUCGCCAACAACAUCAAAGACUUGGGUCGUUAUUUCCCCGUUUCCUGCCACUGUACAAGCCAGCUUUUCCCUUUCGCAACAUGACGUUGGAAACCACAACUAAUGGCCUCCUUGGCAACAACACACCCAACAACGUCACAGACGCUGAGAGGAUCGCAUACCUCGCCCAACUCCAGGCGCAGACGACACGAACUAUGAUUCCCGCCAUGGUUUUCCUCAUUUGUUUCUCAGUGGUGGGCAUAGUGGGAAACACUCUCGUCCUGAUUGUCUACUCCCAGAAGUUCAAAAGGACCUCAACUCGGAUCUUCAUCAUGGCGAUCGCAGGUUUUGAUCUGGUCACCAAUGUGACUGCCAUUCCUGGUACCGAAAAGUGUGCAGACCGUUUGGCAAACAGGUAAGCAUGAAGCAAGCUAAGAUCAUCUGUGUCUGUAUAGCCAUUUUCUCGGUCGUCGUCUCCAUCCCUUACGCCAUCAUCAACGGAACGCAGACGAGACCAACCCCUCGGCCAGACAUCGUGGGUCACGAGUGCACGACAGACGACAGUUUCGUCGACACCAUGUGGCCAGUGGUCAAUACGGGCUUCUUUCUACUUAUUUUCUUGUCCAGCUGCAUCCCUCUAGUCGUGCUGUACUGUCUGGUCGGUGCCCAAGCUUGGCGACACAGCAAAGUGUACGGGGUCACCACCUCGCCUAACGCACACGCAAAGGUCACUUCCGGUUCGAACUCUCAGUCCAGCUCUUCCGGACCUGACACGAAAUCGACUGAUGAGAGUACGUCCAGCGGGGCUGGUGGUAGGGCAAAAAAAGAAUCCGUUGAAAUGAAUAGUUUAGACAGUGCUGAUGGGGGUAAUAAUGCGAGAAAGGAAGCUCUGAAUACAAGUGAAGGUGACAGUGCUUUUAACAGUCUCGGAGGAGAGAAUGACGCUGGUGAAAAUAGCGGUCUGGGGAAACCUGGAGAAUGGAAAUUAUUAGAAAACAAUGCAGAACGUUUGAAUGACUCUGGAUCAACUGACUUGUCUGUCAGUCAGCAGACGGAAUCAAAACAGGUCUCUGCGCCGACGGGUAAAAAGAUUUCAUUUCAACACAAAUCCUCACAAGAAGGUUGUAUUUCGAAUUCCAACUCGUUGAGCACAGAACAUGACAAAGGUUCACGCAAUGUCGGUGUGGGAGAAACGAAGAAAGGAGACAAUAGCUUGAACAAAGACGAUUCAACCGGUAAAAAAUCGAAAUUAUCUGUCAGAAGCACAAGAACAUCAGUCAUCAAAAUACUGUCUUCUAUCCGCAAAAAGAAAUCAUCAACAUCAACGCUCGGGCCCGCGCAAAGAAGAGGUAUUGGCAGAACUACCACCAUGCUCAUCAUCAUCAGCGCGGUCUAUAUCAUUGGCUUCCUCCCUCAUCUUAUCGUCAUGUUCUUCAAAUUUACCUCCCCGGAAAAGUUUGCCGCCAUGGAUAGCGUGGGCUUGACCUUCUAUAACCUUUUCUUGAGGCUCUACUUUCUGAACAGUGCGGCCAACCCGGUCAUUUACAGUUUGUGUGACGUCAAUUUCCGCACUCAGUGUGUGCAAGUUUUUAAAUUCAAAUUCAAAUGCAGAAGAACCUAAAGUUUUUCUCCCUUUUUAUGUAGAAUUUUUACCCCCC